AUGCCAAACCCACAGGGGUGCAGGAGGAGGCGGUUCGAUCUUCGCCAUCAAGAAAUGUUUCUCCAGCGUCUGAAAGAACAAGAACUCUCUACAGCCAAAACCGGGAUUCGGUACGGUCGAAGCCGGUUGGUUGCAAAAGAACAUUCAAUUCCAGCGCUAGAAGAAAGUUUAAUUCUAGAAUUAUUCAAGGCAAAAACAAUUGAAGAAGCAAAACAAUUAAUUCGAGAUGGUCAUUUUCAAGAGAAGAAACGAGAGUACGAGAGGGGAAUAGAUGCGAAUUUUCAAACUUAA